CGACCUAGGGAUGGCCACACUGCUAGAUCCUCUUAGAACUUACCCUUACAGAUACAGAGCCGCAGUUCUAAUGGAUGACCAUAAAGAAACGGAAGCCAUUGAGGAGCUGUCGAAAGCCUUAGCCUUUAAACCUGACCUCCAGCUGUUACAUCUACGGGCAGCAUUCUAUGAUUCAAUGGGUGUAUCCGCAGAGGCUAUCAGAGACUGUAAAGCAGCUCUGAGUCUUGAUCCGAACCAAAAAGAUUCCAUCGACCUCUAUAACAAAGCACGUGAUCCACAACCAUAGACAAACCCAUCUGCAGUCUUAUUUAUCUCCUACAAUACGGCGGGUGAGAGAGCUUCUUCCCUCUGAAACCUGAGAUGCACUUGUAUGCUUCACGCCAAUGGGAAAACUAAGGCUUGGUUCUUUUGUAAUCAAGAAGUUUUGAUAAAAGGGGGAACAAACCAAAGGAGCAGCGACUUAGAUUGUAAAUAUAAACUUUAUACUUCGUGGUUUUGUGAUUGAUACUGGUUUGAUGAUUAG